CCAGGGUGGGGGCUAGUCUUCUGUGAAGUGGCGCUGGCCCUUCCCUGAGCGGUCUUUUUCCUGCUCGCGUGGGUUUCUUGGACACACUGGCGCAGUCCGAUUUCCGGGGCAGCAGGGCCCUCCCGAGUAUUGUCGCAUGCGUUCUCUCCUUGGGGCUGCCUUCCCGACUUCAGUGCACUAGAUUGGGGUUCUGCGAAUUGAGUUCCGCGGUCUUUAACAGCUUUCGAGCUAAGAUUGAUUUUUGUAUUUUUAUAAUGAAAAACAAGAAUACUCAACAGAGAACGGAAGUGGAACUUUGCAGGAUGGUGCUGGCCCAUCUUUUGGUCGUGGUCGGGCCACAAGGACAAGAAGAUGGCCAGAGAUUUAACUGGGAAUUUUCCAGGGCAACGAUGAUCAACUCUGGUUGCACAGCAAAUAAAGUUGUGGUAUCGGGACGCAUUACAGGAUUGGCUGAAGGCCAGCACGGAUUCCACGUCCAUCAGUUUGGAGAUAACACACAAGGCUGUACAAGUGCAGGUCCUCACUUUAAUCCUCAAUCCAAAAAACAUGGUGGGCCAACAGAUGAAGAAAGGCACGUCGGAGACCUGGGUAAUGUGAUUGCUGACAAAGAUGGUGUGGCUAAUGUGUCCAUUGAAGAUUCUGUGAUCUCACUCUCAGGAGAGCAUUCCAUCAUUGGCCGCACAAUGGUGGUCCAUGAAAAACCAGAUGACUUGGGCAAAGGUGGAAAUGAAGAAAGUACAAAGACAGGAAAUGCUGGAAGUCGUCUGGCUUGUGGUGUAAUUGGGAUCGCGCAGUAAACAUUCCCUUCUAUGUUGUCUGAGUCCCAGUAACUCAUCUAUUAUCCUGCUAGCUGUAGAAAUUUAACUUGAUAAACAUUAAACAUUAUAAUCUUAAAAGUGUAA